GGCGCCAAGGCGUCCGCACCCCCAUAGCAACUACAUAAAACACGAUCGUUGGUCGAUAAGAACGCAUUUCACAACUAGCAACGAUUAAGUUGAAUUAAUUGUUUAGAAUUGGUAGUUUAGAAAACUGAAAAUGAAACCAACAGCUGGGCAAACGAGUUUUCUGGCCCUGCUGCUGCUCUGCCUGCUGAGCUGCGUGUCUGCCUACAACUACCUGAUGGUCCUGCAUACCGCCGCCCGAUCCCAUUACCAUGUGGGUUCUGCCCUGGCCAAGGGAUUAGCCAGCGCCGGACAUCAGGUGACCAUUGUCUCCCCCUUCGAGUUGAAGAAACCCAUCAAGAACAUCAAAGAUGUGACGGUCAAGAGCAUUUUGGCAUCCAUGCAAGGAAGAAUGGCCAACUUGCUCGAAUCAUCCAAGGAGCCCAUAAUAAAGCAGAUUGUUAAUUUCCAUGAGAUGGGCAUUGAAAUUACCGAGCUGCUGCUGACGGAACCCUCUGUGCUGGAGCUGAUGAAAUCGAAUCAGACUUUUGAUGCUGUGAUAUCCGAGGUUUUCCUGAACGAAGCCCAUUUCGGACUGGCAGAACAUUUCAAGGCACCGCUUAUAGGUCUGGGUACUUUUGGCGCCAUUAGCUGGAACACAGAUCUGGUGGGAUCUCCGUCCCCUCCAUCGUAUGUUCCAAGUGCCCUGCUGAAGUUUGGGGACCACAUGUCCCUCGUAGAGCGAGUGGGCAAUCUGGCCUUCCUGACCUACGAAUAUAUCUUCCUAAACUAUUUCUAUCUGCCGCGUCAGGAACUCCUGUACCACAAGUACUUCCCCAAUAACAAGCAGGACUUUUACGAAAUGCGCAAGAACACGGCUUUGGUGUUGCUCAACCAACAUGUAUCGCUCAGUUUUCCAAGACCCUAUUCACCCAAUAUGAUCGAGGUGGGCGGUAUGCACAUUAACCGAAAGCGCCAACCGCUGCCCAAGGACAUUCAGGAGUUUAUCGAGGGCGCCAAGCAUGGUGUUAUAUACUUCUCCAUGGGUUCCAAUCUGAAGAGCAAAACACUUCCGCUGGAGAAACGCCAGGCACUGAUCGACACCUUCGCCCAGCUGAAACAACGAGUGUUGUGGAAAUUCGAGGACACUGAUCUGCCGGGAAAACCUGCUAAUGUCUUCAUUUCGGACUGGUUCCCCCAGGACGACAUUUUGGCCCAUGAUAAUGUAAUAGCCUUUAUUACCCACGGCGGUCUGCUGAGCACCACGGAAUCCAUUUACCACCGGAAACCCUUCGUGGGCAUUCCAAUCUUUGGCGAUCAGUUCUUGAACAUGGCUCGCGCCGAACAGAAUGGUUAUGGAGUGACGGUUCAUUACGAGGAAUUGACAGCUCCCAAACUUUUGGAAGCCAUUCAGCGAUUAAUUCAGGACCCUGAGGCCAGCAAGAAGGUGCGCGACAUGUCCGACAGAUAUCGCGAUCAGCAGAAUACUCCAUUGGAGCGUGCUGUUUUCUGGGUGGAGCACGUUUCCCGGCACAAGGGUGCCAAGUACCUGAGAAGCGCCUCUCAGGAUCUGAACUUUAUUCAAUACCACAAUUUGGAUGCCAUGCUAAUACUGUAUGGCGGCAUUAUCUUCAUUUUAUAUUGCAUUUUUAUGCUAAUCCGUUUGGUGUUCCGAUUAUUGCAAGAAUUGUUUUUGAAGAAGGAAAGUCCCAAGCAGAACAAGAAAGCCAAGCAGAAUUAAACUCAAGUGAUAUUUAAGUUUA